AUGACUGAAAAACAGAACAACUACCGCCGUUUCAAUCCUUUAUUGGACGAGUGGGUGAUUGUGGCGGCGAAUCGAGUCAAUCGUCCUUGGCAAGGAGCUUCCGAAAAUGUUGAAGAUUUGAAGCUUGCAGCCAAUGGGCCUUCCAAUCCAUUGGCUCCUGGCGGUUUUCGAUCCGCGGACAAGGUAUUGAAAAUGUUGUAUUCAAAUUUUUCAUGUUAAUUUGCAGUUAAAAAAGUUCGUGGAAAAGUUUCCAUGAGUGUUCAAAUCAUAUGUGGGCAAGUAAAGAACUUAAUUAGUUAAAAGGAGUUGACUUAUAGCUUUUGAACUUCGUUGCAAGCAUGAGUUUGAAGUUUAUUCAGUUUUUUGUUCGAUUUUCAAAAGUUCACUUUGAACUAGUUACCCGUUAGCUAUUAAUCCCUACCUCCUGAUUGACCAGUGAAAACUGGUCAAAGAAAAAAAGAAAAAAACUAAAAAGAUUUGGUGGAGUUUGCAAAAAUCGCGCUUGACUUCGACUUUCCCGCCGUAAACCGCCUCGCGUACGCAAUAAUUCACCCUAGCCAAUCUACCCAACUCAUUUUCAAGUCGGAAUGGGUUGACUAUACAAAUUUAACAGUGCCAAAAAAUAAUCGAGCUUUUAGGUGACUCCAAAUUACGAAGAAACUUACGUUUUCGAUAAUGACUUUCCAAGUUUCACCGACUACGACGACCGUGACGAUGCCAGUGGUUUGUAUUAUUUAUUUGAGAUAGAAAAUUAGAUCAAGGUAACUUCGAGAGGUUUCAUGGUUGCAGAUGCGUUUAGUGACACAGUGAAAACUCUUUGUUUCGUUUUUUUCUAAUAUAAAUCUGACAAGAAAAAGAUGUGAAAAAUAUUUUGACAGAUAUUUUGUACAACUCUUUGAAUGAACAUUUACAGCGCAUAUUGUAAGUUAUGCUAUAUUAUAGUGUGAUUCGGUUACAAGUGAAAAGAAGUUUAUGAUAUUUUGCUGAUCAGUUCAGAACACGACGAGCUAUUCAAGCAAGAAAAAAUCCGCGGUGUUUGUCGCGUUAUUUGCUACCAUCCCGACUGUUUGGUGACAUUAGCAACGAUGCAGCCCCUUGAGGUUUUCUACAAUUUAUCGUGUUCUCAAACAGGGCAAGAAAAUUUUCCAACUGCUCAAAGUGGAAGUUAAAAUUAAUUUUAAAAGCAUAUUUUCAACACUUAACAUUCAAAGCGUUUUCCUAUACGAAAGUUACAUUUCAGGUUUUGAAAGUAGUCAAGGUUUGGCGAGAGCAAUACGUUGAACUGCAACCGAAGCAUACCUGGGUUCAAGUUGGUUCCGAAAUUUCCCAUAUAGCAAGAGCUUGAACCUUUCUUGAGAUCUUCGAAAACCGCGGAGCCGCUGUGGGAUGUUCAAAUAUGCAUCCCCAUGGACAGCUCUGGGCUGGCAAUUUCCUCCCCACUUUGCCGGAACGAAAGAAUAAAACUCAGAAGGUUGAAUCUUAACCAUUAUGGAAUCAAUGAGGGAAUGGACAGAGAUAUUUUGACCGCCAUAAAAGGCCUCUCUUGCUGGAUUACCUGAAUCAAGAAGUUGAACGAGCUGAGCGGAUCGUCCUGCGCAAUGACAACUGGACCGUUUUAGUCCCUUUCUGGGCUUUUUGGCCGUUUGAGACGAUUCUUCUACCGAAUCGACAUGUACUAAGGUUCACCGACCUCACACAUGUGGGCUCUUGUUCUCUUUUUAGUUGAGACGAAAACUGCAGAAAAUACCAUAAUUAAAAAAAAAUUAUAAGUUUGCAUCAGUGUGAAUGAGCCCAUUUGUAUUUCUUUAUGGAUUUAUGAGAGGUUCUUUAGAACAUUCACGCUUUCAAACAACACAGUUUUCGAACAGACUUAAUAAAACCAGAGCUGACCGCUCGAAUGGUCGGCCGGCCUAGGUCGUAUAGGCUAUUCCGCACCAGCUUGUCACGAUUUUCGUUUCCCUCCGAACUAGAGAAUCACUCCAUUCGAAGCGCGUGGGAUUCUUUGCAUACGUUUAAUAUUUGGCCAAAAUUUCCCUUUUUUUUAAAUUCGUAGGUAGAGAUUAAUAUCGUGCGCAUCGAAGAAGGAUAAUCGUGACAAGAUGGUGCGGAAUGGGCUGUACGCAGCAGCGUGCGAAGCGGUUUGCAAAAGAUGGAAGGCAUUUGUCUGUUUCUCGUCGGUUGGCCUGAGCCCUAACAACUUAUCAAUUAUGAUGACAGGAGGAAGAAGCGACUCUUGCAGAAAUUCUACAGCAACUCGUUAUAAGAUACGACAAUAUCUUCCGCGUAAGAAUUGUCAGCCAAAGUUUUGUUGAAAAUAAAUUGCAGUGCACAUUUCCCUAUAGUAUGGGAUGGCUAGGUGCGCCAACUGGACCGUUUCUUUCUGAAAAUUGCGACCAUUGGCAGCUUCACGCCAGCUUUCAUCCGCCUCUUCUUAGGUUUGCGGUCUCUAAAAUGUCUCAUAGAACUUGAAUAAUUCUACUAAAUCAUGUAACAGUAUCCUACGCAAUUUUUUGAGGAAAAAAAAAGUUUUUCAGAAAAAGGGAAAGCUUAAAAUUUGCUCUUCAAAUCUCCCACUUCGAAUCCCCAUACAAUCAAAGAGCAGCCGAAAUUUUCAGAUCCGCAACAAUCCCAAAAUAUAUGGCUGGAUACGAGGUUUUUGCCGAAAAACAACGUGAUAUAACCCCUGAACAGGUUUGUAUCCUUCUAAUAUUAAAAAGAAAGGAGAUUUCAGGCGGCACGAAUCAUUCGCGAUCAGCAGUCGACGCGAUUCUCUCAGCUGACACGAGCAACUUGA